GAAGAAGAAGAAGAAGAAGCAGAAGAAGAAGCAGAGCAGCCAGCAGCAGGAAGUAGAAAGUAGUAAGUAGUAGUAGUGAUAGUAGUAGUAGUGAUGAUGAUGAUGAUGACGCUGAGAAUGAAUCAGCCACAAGGGAAUAGGAUGAGAUGGGAAGGAAACGCGCCCGAGUCAAUCCAAUUCUAAGUCAGUCAGUCAGUCAGUCAAUUGAUAAAUCAAUCAGUCAAUCAAUCAUCAAUCAAACAGUCAAGUCAGUCAAUCAGUCAGUCAUGUGGGACUGCCUGCAAUUGAAGGGAAUGAAGGAGAUGGAAAUGAACUGGAAAGGUGCCGUCACUGCCAGAUUGAGUAGUUUAGUUGUUGCAAUCACGGAUUGCUUGUUCUUCCACCACCAAACACAAUUGCAAUUGUACUUUUUCUUCUUUUGCUCACUCUCGCUCUUUUUCCUUCCUUUCUUUCUUCCUUUCUUUCUCUCUCUUCUUAACUUUCUCCUUCCCCCUUGGUUCUCCCUCCCCCCCCCCGGAUCCUAUUAUAUACGGUCUAAACACUCUACUAGGUACUACAUCCCAAAUACGACGCCGUAAACAGACAGUGGAUCCCUUAACCUGGAACCCAACAAGCAGGAAGAAAAGCAAGCAAGCAACAUCACAAACAGACCAGACCAUUAAAAGAAAUGGCCCGUUGUUGACCCUUUGCCGGAUGCAGUUUCUGUCUGUCCGUUGAACCCUCAAUUUUGCAAUUUCUUGAAAGAGCAAUCCGUCAACCAGACAGGGUUCGCUCUGGGUUAUCUAUCUAUGAUGAAACCCAACCCAAGCCUUACUACUCACAAGCUAGCUUCCUUUUUUCCCCCAAAGU